CGAGUCAGCGUUUCCCGAUUCGUGGAUCUGGCUGGAAAAAUUGAUAUUUUUCCUCUUCGGAAGCGUUGAUCAAAAGCUGACAUCGACAGCUUCCUUAAUUCGUUAAAAUCCCAUAGGCGAAAUUGAAUUACGAUAACAUCUCACUGAAUAACGAUCGGAGAAUCGUUGCAAAAGCCACAACACUCGUAAAAAUUCUACAAAUUCAAAUCUAAAAUCGUCGCGAACGGAAAAGAUCGUCACGCAAGAGAAGCGUCCAUAAACGGCGAUUAAAAGAAUUAGAGGACGUUUUCAUGGCGAACACUCGAACGAAUUAAACUUUCCUUGAUCUUGAUGCGAUAGAUACAUCGCUAUUCGAAAGCAGUUGGACAAAAUUUCGAAGAUCAAAGAGGCCCGUCGUCCGGUGGAAUGAAAAACUCGACGAGAACCGGCUGGCUGACACUUUCCUUGAAAGCGGAAUGUUCAAGAUGCGUUUCGAAGUUGCACAGGAAGUUGUUCGGUCGAAGAGAAACUCGAGUCCUCCGUAAAAGAACAAACGACUCGGAAUGAUAAACGUUAUUAUGGAAAGACUGUGUAAAAUCACAAAGCGAUCCGGUUCGUUCUGCUCGUCCAUCUUUUCUUCCAUUAUGUCGAUACGAGUCUCUUGUCACGUUAAAGAUUUCGAUGGUUGACGCGCGGCAUAAUUUUGUCGCGUAGCAUGCAUAAGUUUCAGGCUUCGUCGCAGCCUCGCCGUAACACUUCCCUUUUCAUUGCUCUGCCACGAAAUUGAGUUGCCGCCGUCGAGAAGGCGCGUUCAUUUUCCGCGCACACCCUUUCUUCCUCCUCCGUCGCACGUAGUAUGCAGAAGACACUUAUAAUACUUUUUACUUGACGGCUGAGUCUUUAAUUGGUCGUGCAAACCACGAAAUAAUCGUUGCCUGAGGAUAUUGAGAAAAAGCGAGGGGGACACGAGCGAAUAUGAUUGGGAGGGAACGAGCGAAAAAUCUAAUGAACAGUCCGGAGGAAUAAAUUAGUGCGAUUAAGAUGAUAACGAUCGAGGUGCUGGAGAGAACCUGUUGCGAUCAUGUUCCAACAAGCUGCGUUUGCCGAACGCCACUCCGGCGAAUGAAGAUAUUCAAAUCGCUGGCAAUCGAUCGAUCGAGAAGAGAAGAAGAGCAUGGGAUGGAAAAACCGUAGCUGUACAACACUCGAGGUAGCCUAAGAAACUUGGAUAUACGUAGAGCCGAGUCUUCGCAUGUGAAAAUUGAAAUUUUCGCCGAUGGAGAUUUAUCACGCCCGAUUGCGCGCAAAAGAUUAAUUCACGUUCGACGGGCUGUCAAUUACGCGGGCAAACAAAGCGUCCGCCGUAAAUGAAUCGAGAAAUAAAGUUUGUUUGCACGGUGCAAAAUCACUUUACGCUUUCCUCUGGUAGAAGGCAAUAGGGUGCGCGUUGUCACGAUAUUCCCCGCUGGUUUCAUACGCAGUUCACCAUAAAAGAGUGCGAGAAAGAGCGAAACGGAGUCGUUAAAAAAGAUCAAUCGGACGAGUGACCAUCAUUGGAAAACAAUAGCAGCCUGAUCAGAGACUGUCCUCAGGCUGGAGAAAUACAGAGAAAGAGAGAAAAAGAGAAAGAGAGAGAGAAAGAGAGAGAGAGAGCGCGAGAGUGUGUGCGUGUGUGUGUAUGUGUGUGUGAUGAAGAGCCUCGCCUGCCUUUUCGUCAAUUUUUAUUUGCUACACGGCACUCGUUACGAGCGGUCGAGAAGCAAAUCUGUUGUUCUCAGUGCAGGGAAUCGAUUCCCAUGAAAUCGUCGAUCGACGUGUCGCGCAGCCACUUGGUCUAUCUGGUGAUCCCGGCGUUUCACUCGACGAUACGCUAAUAGUACCGUGCCGAUAUUACGUCUAGUAUCGUAAACGAGGUUUCUCCGUGUCCCGACGGAUGCUCGAAGAUCGUUCGAUUGUAAUUUCGUGCGACGUCGCGGCCAUCUCUUUGCCACACGAUGCACGAUGUGUACGAAUAAUACGAAAGCACAGGUAGAAGAAAGAGAAGAGAGAGAAACGUGAACGAAGAGAGCGAUGUAGUUAAUCAUGCUGGUUGAUGUAUCGUGCUGGUGUUUGGACAGAUUGAAAGCAAAUCGAGCAACGUGAAGAUGUACACCGUUCAAUCGAGCACACUGGUCUCAUGCACGAAGGGAGUAAAAAAUGCUCAAUCAUAAUAAACACACAGUUCGCUCGUGCUGUUUCGAACAUUGUAUUGAAUCAACGAUACACUACGAACGUUUAUUAGUCGUACUCUUGACGAUUUUGACUUAUCGCACGUGUCGGAACGGCAGUCGUGCUUCGACGUUCGAAUCGAUAAGACGAAAGUGACAUGUUGCUUUAAUGAAUCACUUAUAUAAGGGAAUAAGUACCGCGUGGAUAAUCUUCGUAACAAGUACGACGUAACCUUAUUACAGUGAAGUGCAUAGUGCAAUGUACAGAGUGAUCCUCUUCGGUUGGAUUGUUUUUAUCGACGUAUCGUCUCGACACUACUAGCUCGACAUUCACAAGACAUCAUGCUGUAGAGGGUCCAUGUCCGUCGAGGGAGAAGAAGUGGGUCGGUGAACCUCGAGGCUAUAGGCCAGUCCGAGUUUCGUGCAGGAAGAUCGGUCGUUAGAGAAAACCGUGUUGACGAGCGAGAAAGAUCGACGACGAUCGGCGAGUGGCGAAGAAAGCAACGAGCAUGGACCAGCGAGAGGUGACUCAUCCGCUCGUUUCUCAAUGGACAGAGUCACUCUGACCGAACAGACCUAGGAGAAAGUGGCGGCACGAGCGCAAAGUCGAGGCGAGGAAACGCGUGAAACGGAGAGGUUCGAUUGGAACUCGAGAUUGCGGAGAGGAGUCGGGAAAAUCCUUUCGAUUCGAACGUACAGGUCGGAGGUUACGGUCGAGUCGAGCGUAUAAGUCGUAUCGCGAUAGAACGCGAAGAAUAUCGUGAAAGUGUUGGAAAGCGAAAUUUAGAAAAGAAGAAUCUCGAAGAGCGAACGAGGUUGAAGAAGAUCGAUCGCACAAGGCGGACGAUCUAUGUGGUUGGAUUUGAAAUCGUGCGAAGGAUAAUUUGCAUGUAAUGGCGACAUUGAUCUUGUAGCGGUAAUUUGUGAAUGAUCAUUUUUACUCGUAGGAGACGAUAAUAGAAAGAGACACGAAUAAGAAGAAUAAAAGAAAGCGAAGAUGAGUAGAAGAACUAUGCCACUGGUUGGACUGAAUUCUUGCGAGAGAAUAAGACCGGAAAGACUUAGGAAUCCUAUUCAAAGACUCGUGUGGGGUCCUGGUACUCAGUUUCUAGUUGGUCAAGUUGGUUUGCCCGAGGACGAGGGAUCGAAUCCACGAAUGGCUCUGAGAAGGCUCCUUAGAUUGUACGAGGGAAGACAAUACAGAGAAGCAGCUGCUUUUCUCAUGAAACUGCCACACUAUACCUUGAGGACGACUCUACCGGACAUUCCCGUGGACCUGUUGAUCGAAACGCUUCCUCAUAGCCUGUCUCUGCUGGAGGCUCUCUACUCGAGGCUCGUCGAGUUGAACGUGGACGACGCGAAAAUCUUGAAAGUGGAGCAAGUCCUUUGGAGGAUCGUCUAUCUGAUCUCGAUCAGCCAGGACCAUUUCCGUCUGAGGAUCUGGUGCAAGCUGCUGAUCUCCCUGAACAAAUUGGCUCCUAACGCGAGGAGCAUCCUGGCCGCUAGGAAAAGGACUUUGGACAGGGCGGUGGAAGGUUUGGGCAAGCACGGAUUGGUGGCAUCCUGUCAUCCAAGCAAUUUGGAAAACGCCGGGGCGUCGAAUCUGGUGCCUUUACCCGUGGCGCUGAAGGAGCAGCUGGAGAGCAGAAUCGAGGCGUACAAGUUGGCCGUGCACAAGAUCGAGAGCUUCGGCAAGCACGCGAGAACUCACAGAGCGGACCAAGGUGUACAGGCGGCGUCGCAUCAGAGGCAACUUUCGCUCAAGUACAGCGAGAUUCAGCAGAGGCUGAUCGAUAAUCAGAGUUUGUUGAACACGUUGGAGAAAGCUGGCGACCCAAGUAGCUUAGAAAGUCUGUUAUCCGAGUUGAAGCGUAGGGUCGAACAGGACAAGGAAGCUCUCAGACAAUGGACAGCCUUGAGGAAAUCCACUUUCGGCGGCAAUACGAAGAAUCCACCGCUAGCCGCCAGAUUGCUGCAAUUCUCCAGAGGCUGCGAGCUAGCACUACAAUUGAUGAACCAGGAUAAUCUACAAGUAUUCGAGCUGAGCGAAAAUUUGCCGGACGACUACGACGAGGAAUCCAGCAGCAGCGCUGGUUAUCACACGGACGAGAGCUGCAGCCCGACUCCGGAACCAUCGGUCAGAAACGGAUGUAUGAUUCUCAGGAUGGAGGAGACUUUUCCAAAUUUAACGUUCGACGACGCGACCGCCGAACGACUGGCCGAGAGAUACGCGGCUCUCUACGACCAGGCACAUUUGCAUACGUUGGACGCUCUGGACGCUCUGCAGCCUCUGAAGGACGCAACCGACUUAAAAGCCAAGAUACUCUAUUCGGUGGUCGUGCUCUCCUGGCGGCUGGCGGGCAUAAUUCAGACGUCGAGGUAUCUGCAAGCGAUGAAAAUUCUGAACGGUACCGCGGCCCCGGAACAGACGACGCCGGAGUUGGAAGAAUGCGUGAAGCGACAGCUGGCGACUUCCGGUGCACGAACCGGUUCCCGCGAGGUCGCGGAACAGGUGGUCAACCAGCUGGAAAGAACUCUGUACGACUUUCCGUGUCUACAGGGAUGCGUAGAGGUCAAGAACUACGCCGAUGCUUGUUCCAGUUUGGCCUGGGCCUGUCUGGCGCGUGUCACGCCUUUGGUCCUCGACGUGGCUCAAGCUUUGGAAUUCAGACGAGACAUUCAUCUGAGGCAUCACGCCUCUCCGGAUCCAAAUGGUACGAGAAUUAAGACAGUUUUGUGGCCCGGUUUGAGGGAAGGCUGUCAAGGACCCUGCCUUCACAAGGCGGUUGUCCUUACUUCUUAACAUUAACACGUUUUUACCAGUAUGUCGAUUUCGGCUGACUUUUCCAGUCACGCGAAUCGCCUUACUUUAAAUCGAGAUAUACGUAAAAUACGUAAGUAUACUGGCCAUAAGUAUUACGUACUUAUUACAAUUAUUAUGCAAAACUCUAACGAAUUUUAUUUUAUUCGAUAUUUUAUAUUAUAAAGCAUAAGGUACGAUGAUAAAGAAUGAAUUAUUUAUAAUAAAACAGCGGAAGGCACUCGAUCUAGGGUACCCAAUAUCGCCAAGUGUCAAAAUACUUACGUCCAUUAAGAAGUCUAACUUCUGCUGUGAGACACAUGCGGUUGCAACUAGAUGGUUAUGCAAAUGCAAUAUUGUUACUUAUGUGUGAUAAAUAUCAACUGGAUUGCAUGACUGGAUCGCGUAUUAAUCCAUUGAAAACCAGGUACAGUGAAAUAGUACACGAUAUAUAGAAGUCGAAGAACAAAAUAAAUAUAAAGUAACUACGUUCAAGAAGCAAAGAAUGUAAUGUUAAAAUUAACGUUAAGAAAAGACGGAAGAAAGGUGCAAAUGUGAUACUAUGGUCAAUUAUCAUCGUCACCUUUAUACAAACUGGCUUCAAAAAGUAUCUGCGCACCAUUCUAUAUAUCGUAACAUUUAUCUAUGUAGUAGAAUUCAUUAAGUUCAAGUGUAUUAUAUUGUAUUAACGUUGGUUCUUAAUGGAUUAAAGUAUGUUAGGCAUAUAACGUCAUAUAAGCAACGUCCUUUGAGAUACGUGCGGUUAAGGAAUUCUUGCUGGGAAAUUCAAUUGAAAACGCGUCAACUUCUACGAUCCUGCUUCGAAUCGAAAGAGAAAGAAGUUGAUUUUUAAGUGGAAAGAUAAAGUAAAAUAUGAUAAAUAGAUAAACGGAUAGAAUCAGAAAGUAAGUUAGAGUCGUGGAGAUCAUGAAGAGGAAAUGCAGACGACGUGGAGUGGGAUGUACGCCACUGGCUGCUCCAAUUUCCACGCGUGCCUCGUCGCAGUCUUGAAUUUCCCAAGGGGAACUGGAAUUACAUUUAUACUCCGUCUUAUGUAACAGAAACGCGUCGCACUCUUUACCCUCUAGCGAGAUAGGGUUUUAGCGUUAGCGGCGUGAUGAGAUUCUUUAAUGCCACACGAUCUCGCGCACGGUGCUCUCGUUGCUAAACAAGUCACAGUUGUUUGCACGAUCGAAGAUUCUUCAUGGGAAUCUUGCAAAUAGAAACGAAUACCAAUUACCUACGCGCGUUUUGAUCACUUUAACGCUAUUCGAUCUAUUAGAGACGAAUGAUUUAUUAAAGAUAUUGUAAACCCAAUAUUUCAUUUGUAAUUUCCUUUUGGUCAGUUCACAUUAAUAAAGUCUAUUAAUCUUUCACAUUGUAAUUAUAAAAAGAAAUUUCUAGAAUUUACUCAAUAUCUUUUUCGUUACUAUUUCUUCUUUUAUCUAGAUUCUGCGAUUACACGCGUUUUAAAGAAAUUGAACUAUUAUAUAAAUUAGUUUCUCUUGUUGUGCUUUCGAUUUGCGUAAUAGCGUCUACAAUGUAUAUAUUAUUUUAAUACGUUGUUUGUACCUUGAUAAAACAAUAACUUACUUUAUAUUACGUUGAUAAAACAAUAACUUACGGUUUCUAAUAAAUUGUUAAUUAACGUUGUAUUUACGCAACUUUUGGACAUUUCUUUAUUGCUUGCUCUUAAUGGAUUAACCGCUACCAACCUUUUUCAAUAGCGACUUCAAUUGAUUAAAAUGGAGAAUCUACUACGGAAUAAUGCAUUGAGAGCAAAAAUGGAUUAACUUCAAUGUUCAACAAACUGAAUAAUUUUCUGUGUAAAUUACAGUCCGAAUAUUUUUUGAGUGCUAAUGUAAACAACGCAGUUUGUUCCAGCGACUUAUUUAUUUAAAAAUGUCUUUACAAAUUGUUUAAAAUGUCGCCCUACUAAAUCACUAACAGUUA